UGUGCCGCCCAAACCGGAAGUAGUUGCACGCACGUGUUACCGCUGUGGGAGCUAUGGAAGUGGUUUCAGCCGUCGAGCAGUUUGAAUCUGCGGAAGGAAGUUCCGAUAUCGAAGAAGACUCCUUCUCUGACAACGACAAUGCGGAGUCCGACGAUGAGGUCGAGGAUACAAAGGACGCAGAUGAAGCAACGACCGAUGCCGACCCCAACAAAGGUUGGGCAGACGCCAUGGCCAAAAUUCUCAACAGGCCUAUAUUGGCUAAGAAGUCGGGCACCAUCCUGGUCAAAAGCAAGGCCCUGGAGAAGGAGAAAGAAAAGGAAAAACAGGAGAAGCUAGAAAAAAAGAAACAGCUUGAUAAAAAACGCCAAUGGGAAAUGAUGUGCAGAGUGAAGCCAGAUGUGGUCAAAGACAAAGAAGUGGAGAGAAAUCUGCAGAGAAUUGCCACAAGAGGCGUUGUCCAGUUAUUUAACGCCGUGCGAACUCAUCAGGGUAACAUCAACGAGAAAAUAAAAGAUGUCGGAGGAUCGGAAAGAAAACGUAGCAAGCUUAUGUCCUCCGUCUCCAAGAAGGACUUCAUCGAUGUUCUCCGAGGAAAAGAAAGUAAAGCGGAUAAUAGCAACGAGAAGCGAGCGGCCAGAAAGGUUUCAGUGAAGUCUGAAGAUACUUCCCAAUGGAAUAUAUUGCGUGAUGAUUUCAUGUUGGGGGCGUCCAUGAAAGACUGGGAUAAGGACAGUGAUGACGGGGAGUCCAAUGCCGAUCCGGAACUCUGAGCUGAACAGGAAGAUAGCGGAAGUGAUUCUGACAGAUAACGUUGCGGAGGGGAAGAGUUUUAAGAUAACACGUUAUCUUGUUUACUUAAAUAAACUCUUCAUUCUGUGAAUGCAUAA